GGAACAAAGAAGUAGCGGAGGGAGCCAUUUAACCAGUGAAAGUGAGGACCGUUUAAGGGAAACUAGUGCCUUAUUAUGUGUUACUGUUACGAAAGCAUAAAUCAGGGAAAUCCAUUCGAAACGGGGCUGUCCGAAUAUAAGAGUCGGUGAAAGUGUUUGUCUCUUGAUCAAACUGGGACUCUCUCCGGUUGUUGGAUCGUCAUGCGUCGAGGGGAGCAUGGCCCACAAGCUUUCCAGGCCCCUGUGGACGUUCAUGCCAGCGAAGACGGACAGGUGUUCAUGUUCAGGAGGACGGCGAAUGAACUGACUACGUCCUCUGACGACGAGGAGCUCAGUGUGGUGGAGAUGAGGCAGAUGAAGCUGGACAACCACAGAAAUGUUCAGCUGCUGGAGCGGAAGGUUUUAGAGGAUGAUAAUCUGAGCAAGCUUGCACUGCAGUACGGAUGCAAGGUGGGAGAUAUAAAGCAAGUGAACAACCUUAUGCAAGAGCAGGAUCUGUUUGCACUGAAAUCUAUCAAAAUACCAGUUCCGAAGCACAGCUUUCUGACAGAGACCCUGUCGGGCCGAGAUGAUCCCCUGGAGGAAGUGCCACACUCGUCUGGCCUGACGAGAGGUGACAGGAGCCUGUCGCACGUGCAGCAGGUGACAGACUUUCUCGUGGAGGUGGAUAAUGAUAUUGAUAAACUGAUUCAGACGACAGCUGAUCGAGACGAGGUUUCCUCUGAGAAACCACGAAGGUUGGGUUUGAGAAGGCGGCGCUCCAAAAGUCACGGCGCUGACUGGGGAAUCCAGUGGUGGAACGCUGUGGUAGCCAUGCUCUUGAUAGGCAUCGUCAUGCCCUUGUUUUACGUCAUUUAUUUCAAAACCAAAGAUAAUGGGGCGGGUUUGUCAGACGGCGGUGCCUUACGCUCCUCCACCUCCUCUCCGAACAGCACAGCGACAGAUUUCAGCACAAGAGGAGCCGAGCCCUUUAAAGAGCCAGGAUAGAGGAAGGUUUGAUUGAACUCUGAUGGAUCUUUAGAAUCAGAAAUGAGUCAAUAAUGAGAAUAGAUAAUACUCCUAAUAAAAGCCAAAGUGCCUUGUUGGUUUUAUAUCCUUUUUUUUGUUUGGUAUGGGUGGAAAAUACUCUCUUUUCCCACUAUUGUUGUUGUUGUUUUUUCAGGUUUUUGAAAAUGAAUUUUGGGCUUAAAAUAUCAAACUGGAGGGCUAAGUGUUUAUUUAUUUGUCAAAUAUCUAAAUGGAAAAUGUUAUAGUGAGAACAUCAUGAAGCCAAAUCAACUCUCGAGCCACAUCAAAUCACACAAGUGGACAUAUUCUUUUUCCACAUCAUUACUUCUUUAUUAUUUUUAACUUGUGUGUUUUUUGACUCUAGUGUUUUGUUUUCAAACUGCUGCUUCUCAUUGUUUGAAUUUUUUAGAUUAGCUUGAAGUUCAAAUGAGGAUUUAACUCUGAAAAUGACUUGUAAGGUAAAAACUGGUGCAGAGAAAAAUGAAGUGCAAUGUUACUUGUUUGGUUGUUCACCUCUGGUGUGUUUCUUUUGUCUAAAUGUGCUAAAAGAGUGAAUUUGUUUACAGUAUUUUUUUGUUGCUAAAUCUUCCACCCUGCCAGGAAUUAGUCAUUUCAUACUUUAGUUUGUCAAAUAAUUAUUUUAAGAUAGUCAGAGCAUGUUAGUUUCUUCCUAUAUUCCUUGAAAGGGUUUGAAUUUAAAACUGUUGUUGGAUUACACUAUUGUCUAUUUCUGAAAUGUUGGAUUCAAAUGUUGUAGCACUUCCUCAUGUGAAUUUCUUCCUUUGGUUCUUUAAAAAUCCAAAAGCUCAUAUCCUGAUGUUCCUUCUUUUGGGCACUAAAUAUACAGAAUUGAGCUGAGAUCCAGAGAGAAACACAGAGGGACUUCAAAUUUAUUUUAUUUCAUCUGAAUCUGUAAAAAAAUAUCAAGCUACAAAUCCCCCACUCACUUCCAGAAGAGGUAAAAGUGGCACAAAGUGACCUGGAUAGUGGAUACGCAUUGGGGAGACUAUAGUCAAUAAAGACGGGUAGACUAUUAGAUUUAUUUUUAUUUUUUGUCAAUGAACAUAACUCUAACAAACAGUAAUGUGUAGCAAGUACAGGUUAAAAAAACAGUAGACUGAAUACAGAUGUAAAAUGAGGUUAAUAUAACGGCAUGCAUUUGAUUUAUUUUUAUUUCAAGCAUUAAUUGGAGUCAACAUAAUAAAAUCACAAAGAUAUUUCAUUACAGAAAUGAUAAAAUGCAUAGAUAAUAGAUAGAUAGAUAGAUAGAUAGAUAGAUAGAUAUAGAUAGAUGGUCAACUUUAUUUAUCCAUUUGGGAGGUUCCCGCAUGGAAAUUGACAUCUCCAUCGCAUACAGCACUAUUAGACAUAAUCAUAAUCAUAAUAAUAAAGAAACACAAACAAAAACAAUGACACAUUUAAGUCACAUUUGCUUAAUUAAAUAUAGUGAUCAUUAACAUUCAAGGAUCAAACAAAAAUCAGGCUAAAAUUGGACCAUCUUUUUGAAAAAUUUCCCAUUUUUAGCAGUUGUUUGCCAGUCAGACACUCUUGUAUCCACUGAUAUGGGUGGUGAGCCAGUUUAGGGCGAUGAUCUGUCUUGCAACCGACAAUAAAACAUGCAAAAAUAACCUUGA